ACAGGGCAGGGCGCCGCGUGGAGCAGGGAGGAGAGGGAGCGGGGCUGGGAGCGCGGGGAGAGGGGUGUGCAUGCUCGGGGUGCAGAAGGAGCGCGGGAAGCUGCAGAAGGCGUCAUGGGGGGCACCGCAGGGAGAAGUGGCUGCGUUGCCUCCUGGGCCCCUGAAAGUGAAACCAUGUGGCCCAGCGCGUCUUCCCCACUUCUAGAAACCGCUGUAGGGUAGGAUUGGAACUCAGCGCCGACCGCUCUGUGGGGCUUAGGUGGCUCCGUUCCCCCGUGUCUGGGAGGAUCUCUGCCUUGCGUGAAGGGAUGUGGCGCUAAACGACGGACAUUCAGGCUGGCUUCUCUGGCUCUCCCUGAGAGUAUGUGGGCUUUGCUGAGGCGAGGCUUGCCUCGAGCCUUGGUUCAGAUGUUUGCUGGAGUUUCGCCACUCGAAGCCUGGGCUUAACGGAGUCUUGGCUGCUGGGCGGGAACCGCUGCCUCUUGAGUUGCUCUGUCAGGUUGCCAUCAUGUGCGCCCCCCCCCCCAAAAGCAGGGCUCCUCCUGUGCCUAGCAUGUCGUAAAAUGAACGCAGGAGCUGAAGGCUUCGCAAGCGGUAGGGUAAACAGCACCUUCUAACUUCGACUGUGCUAGGAUUACUGAAGGUGUCGUGGGAAAGGGAUAGCAGCAACACUUUAUUUUUUUGGUCAGGGCAAGCAUAUUGAAACCCCGGCUGUUAGGUGGGAGUGAGCUCAGUGUUUCUUGAGGCGAGUGUGCUUUGUGGCAGCUUUGCUUCCGUUCUCCUUCAUGAGAAGUCAAACAGCAAUUUGGAGCUCAAUAUGCCAAGAAGCAAACAAAAAUUCAUAGAGUCCUGAGUUUAGGGCUAAACUACUGAAGACCCUGCAAUAAAAUCCUGCAUAUGUUUACUCAGAAGUGUAUCAGAUGGAUGCUAGUGUAGACUUCCCCCCAGCAAGUGUGCUCAGUAAACUCUGCUGUUCUGCAGCCGAAUCCCAAUGCAUAAGUAAUGUUGCAGUCCUAGCCUCCACUUACCUGGGUGUAUACUGCAGGGGUUCGAGCAGACAGGGUGAAGAUGGCACUCCAAGUGAACCUAGGAUUGAACCUUUAACAUAUUCCAUCCUAAAAAUAAAAAAAAAAAUCCUGCAUGCACACAAAAGCUCAUACCAAUGACAAACCUAGUUGGUCUCUAAGGUGCUACUGGAAGGAAUUUAUUUUAUUUUUUGUUUUGUCUACGUCAGACCAACACGGCUACCUACCUGUAACUAUAUUCCAUCCUGUUAUCUAUCAUCUCUCUACUGCCCAUUUAAAUGCUGACAGUUAUUUGGUCUGGAUAAAAGAGAGCAUGUUCCCAACAAGUGUGUGUGCAUAUGUGCAUGUGUAGGCUGGAAUUUGAACUGCUGAGGCUGGGAGGUUUGCAAAAGAAAACAAGAUGCAUAUUAAAUGCGUAGCUUGCCAAGGGGACUGCUUGCAUCUGAGACAUGAGAGUGCUUGGGCAUGAAGUUAUUGCUGGACAUGACUUUAUAAGGGAAUAUGAAAUUCUGUUAAGAGGCUCGCUGGUACAAUUCUUGGGAACAAACCAACUUCAUAUGAAACAUGAAUAGGGCAAUGUGUUCGCUCUUUAAAUCUUUUGACUCAGGCAUGGUUCCACCCUACUCUCCCCCAAAACAAUAAUUUCUCUCCGAGGUCUCGGGUGAUCACAACUGGAGAUGAGAAUAUUGUGCAAGAUGCACAUGAUGAAGUUUCUCUGGUGAUGCUUCAGUGGAAGGGGUUUUGUUUUUCAAGCUCAGAAUCUUAAAUACUGAGCCUUGGAAGAAGUACAGUUGCAAAUGAUUAUUGGGUAGUGAAGGAGCCUGGGGUAGGAUGUCACCUCCCCUUGGAGAGUGACACAGCAGGGAUGCCUUUGAGCUGCCUCCGUCUGUUAUGCUCAACCCACUUUUUCCCAUACAAACAUCUCUGGCAAUGGUACAGGUUGCUGACUAGUGCCUACUGCUCGUGCUGUGUUAUUUUGAAUACGAUGGUGGGCUGUCUUCUGACAAUUAACAGCACUGUUUUCAGGAUCUGGAGUGCAAGGAUUUGUGAGGACUGAUGUAGUGUAGCAGUUAAAAGUGUGAGAUGUGAGUCAAACACCUCUUCCUGCAACUUCAACUCUUUGUAUGCAUUGGGAUUAUAACACUGGACAGCUUUACAGGGCUGUUGUUUAGAUUACUGAGAUAAUAUAUGUUAUAUUUUGAAAUGCUUUAAAUGUGCUACAUGAAUGCUUAAGUAUUCUUAAGUAAAGCUGAGUGUUGGUGCAAAGUGCAAGGGCCAAGAAGCGGAGUAGGUGGAUGUGUGGGCAUGGCAGGGAACAUACAGGAGAACUGUCCACUAUUAAAGUUGCAGACUUUUUUUCCUGGAAGGACUCCUGUGCCUUUAAAGGUUUCAUGAUAGGCAGCACACACACACCCCUGUCAGGAAUCCUGGGAACAGUAGUUUGUUAAGGGUGCUGAGAAUUGUAGCUCUGUGAGGGGUAAACUGUAGUGCCCGGGAUUCUUUGAGGGGGAGGGAUGUGCUUAGAAUGUGCUUAGUGGUGGCAUCCUGGCAGGAUUGGGGGCAGAUGUCGAGAAUGAGUAUGAGGGCCCCCAGAUAGACUGGCUUAUCACAUUUAGAAGUAUGUGAAGUAAUACACAACACCAUCUAAAAGUGUGGGUGUGGUUUUCAAUGCUGAAUUUCAAUGCUGUGGUUUUCAACUGAAUCCUCCUUCAAUGGAUCUACUCUACAGAGGACUGAGUAGAUCCAUUGAAGGAGGAUUCAGUUGAGUACAGCUGAGUGUGCAUGCAAGACUGCUAAGUCCAGAGUCAGCACUUACCUAAGUGUGCCUUUGACUGACAAAGCUGCACCUGUUCUACUUCUGCCUGCCAUGCGGUUGCAAAAGGCAUAGGAGGAGACAAAAAGAUGGUGAUUCUAAGUCUUUGCCAAGGUGGUUUACAACAAGAACUUGAAGUGCAAGGUUUGGAUUUGUAGGGCAGUCCUAUACAUGUUUUAACACCACUGGGAUAGUUCAGUCAGUAGAGCAUAAGACUCUUAAACUCAGGGUCAUGGGUUCGAGCCCCACUCUACAAUUCUAUGGUUCUAAGAGAUGCUCCAUAAUGAACAUGUUUAGGACUGGUGGCAAUGUACACUCAUGAUUUCAGCAGCUCCAUACUGUGUGGGAAGGCCUUAAAGAAACAAGCAGUUUGAAGUUUGCUGAUGUAAUAACAGAGGUAAACGUAAGUGUAAGGGCAGUGUGGGAGCGCAGAGGCGGGAGGAGUGGAGAGGGUGUUGGAUCUGCCUGUUGUAUAGGCAGGUUAGAGCAAGCUAGGUGGGCUUCAAACCUAUGGGAUCUGUGUUUUUUACUAGAACCCGAAGCUCCACCAACCAGUGCCAGGUACAACAAGUGGCUCAGCCAGGUGGACAUACACUAAGGAUGGAGGAACAGGGUGCUUUGUCUGAAUGCAUGCUCAGCACAGGAAUUAGCAAUCAGUACCAAAACCUAGCACCGAAUUCCUUUAACACAAAAAUCCACCCCUCGGCCUCCACAUAAACAGCUAUCUGACUUUUAGAAGACAUCUGAAGGCAGCCCUGUGUAGGGAAGUUUUUAAUGUUUGAUGUUUUACUGUGCUUUUAUCAUUUGUUGGAAGCUGCCCAGAGUGGCUGGGGCAACCCAGUCAGAUGGGCAGCACAUAAAUUUAUUAAUAUUAAUAUUAGUAUCCAAGAACCUAAUGUAAUGGUGAGAAUGAGGGAUUUUUUACUUGUAGCUAUUAUUAGACAACUGUGAGUCAGAAACCUUUGUCAGUCAACCAGAGAACUGGCAAGUGCUCUCUGCUCACCCUGGGGUUAAAGGACUCCAGAGUCCAGCAAGGAGUAGAGCGUCAAAAUGGUGGCACUUCUCUCCGGCUUCCCACCACAUUUCCUUUCCAGUGUGUUGAAACUCCCUAGCCUCUCAUUGGCCUACAGUUGCUAUGGAAACCUACCCAGUGGGUUGUAGUUUGGAAUAAGGUCAAAUGGGGAUUUCUUUCAGGCUUCUCUCCUUCUGAGGAAGCGAGAACAUAGUUAAGCGAUGCCACCUUUUGUCAGAGAAUCCUUGUCACCCUCAUAUGUAUGUAGUAAUUCAUCUCAACACAUGGCUGUUUCCUCACAGGCUGAACUGAAGCAAAACAAAGCGCCUGUCUGGGGUUCAUGCAAUUAGGUGAAAAAGCAAAAACAUUGACACAGUGCAUGGGACAAAAUGUCCCCCUCAAAGGAAAUGAGAUCCCUGUGGUAGAUGUUCUGGGAGGCACUAUUGUUCACAUCUCAGCUGCCUUCAGCUACCUUAACCUCACCUUCCCAGUUGAACUACACCUCUCUAUAGGAAGCUGCCAUACCUUGAGUCAGACCAUCAGACCACUGCUCCAUCUAGUUCAGUAUUGUCGACACUGACUGGCAGCAGCUCUCCAGGGUUUCAGGGAGGCCUCUCUCCCAGCCCUGCCUGGAGAUGCUGGGGAUUGAACCUGGGAACCGUAAAUAGAUCCCUAAGUGCACAGCAGUCACUCACAUAGCUUUCCUACCUCUGUCCUGGCUGCAUGUACUUAUCCCCUGCUCUGCUUCGACUCACAGGGCCUGACUGCCAAAAUGCUGAUCAAGGAAUAUCACAUUCUGCUGCCCAUGAGCUUGGCAGAGUACCAAGUGGCUCAGCUCUACAUGAUUCAGAAGAAGAGCCGUGAGGAGUCGAGCGGCGAGGGCAGUGGGGUGGAGAUCCUGUCCAACCGGCCCUACAGCGAUGGCCCAGGCGGCAGCGGUCAGUAUACACACAAGAUCUACCAUGUGGGCUCUCACAUCCCUAGCUGGUUUCGUGCCCUCCUACCCAAGGCAGCUCUGCAGGUGGAGGAAGAGUCCUGGAAUGCCUAUCCCUACACGCGUACCAGAUACACCUGCCCCUUUGUGGAGAAGUUUUCUAUUGAGAUUGAGACCUAUUACCGACCAGACGCUGGGAAACAGAACAAUGUCUUCAACCUGAGCGCUGUGGAGCGCAGGCAAAGGAUUCUGGACACAAUUGACAUUGUGCGGGACCCCAUCUCGCCCGGCGAAUACAAGGCGGAGGAAGACCCACGGCUUUACCACUCAGCCAAAACAGGACGUGGGCCUCUGGGAGAUGACUGGCUGGAAAAUGCAGCCACGGGACCACUCAUGUGCGCCUACAAGCUUUGCAAGGUGGAGUUUCGCUACUGGGGCAUGCAGUCCAAGAUUGAGCAGUUCAUCCAUGAUGUAGGUCUGCGGAAGGUGAUGCUUCGGGCCCACCGCCAGGCCUGGUGCUGGCAGGAUGAAUGGAUAGAUCUCACCAUGGACGACAUCCGGAGGCUGGAGGAAGAGACGGCACUUAUGCUGGCUCAAAAAAUGGCCAAGUGCAUCGAGCCCGACACAGGGCCUGCAGUGCCCAGCCCUGAGAGCCCGGCUGAGCUGGGUGGCUGCGAGAAGCAGGACCGAGUCGACAACCUAAGGGCUCCUGAUUCCUCUCCAGAUGAUCCAUUUGCCAAGCAGUGGUCGCCGUCUUCUCGCUCAUCGUAUUCUUCUCAGCAUGCUGCUGGAGUAUCUCCUCACAGCUUAUCAGAGUGGCGGAUGCAAAAUAUUGCACGGGAUUCCGAAAACAGCUCUGAAGAGGAAUUCUUUGAUGCUCAUGAAGACUUCUCCGACAGUGAUGAUGUUUUUGCCAAGGAAAUCACCAAGUGGAACUCAAAUGACUUUCUCGACACUCUCGAGCGACCCAUUGAGCCAGAUGAUGUUCUUGUUGAUGCUGUGGCUGCCAAGCCAGACAGUGAUGGUGUCGCAGCACCUGGCCCACCAGAGGCUGGCUCGGAAGGCAACUCCAGGACAUGCCGUAUCCAUGCGCUUUUCCUGAUCCUCCACAGCGGCAACAUCCUGGACCAGGGCGUGGGAGAGCCGGGCUCCAAACAGGCCGAUGUGCACACGCUCAGUGCCACCUUGGACUCUGUCACCCGCCUACACUUCCCCGAGGCACUGGGGCACAUUGCGCUGCGCCUGGUGCCUUGCCCGCCUAUCUGCGCUGCUGCCUACGCCCUCGUCUCCAAACUCAGCCCCUACAGUCAUGACGGCGACAGUCUCUCCAGUAGCCAGGACCACAUUCCAUUGGCCGCUUUGCCUCUCCUGGCCACCUCCUCAGGCAGCUACCAGAAUGCCGUCGCAACCGUCAUUUCCCGUACCAACCAGGCCUAUGCCAAUUUCAUCCACUCUCCUGAUGGUGCAGGCUUCUGUGGCCAGGUGCUGCUGAUUGGGGACUGUGUUGGUGGAAUCCUGGCCUUCGAUGCCCUCUGCCACAGCCGUGCUGGUGGGUCAGGGAGUCGUGGAAGCAGUCGCCGUGGCAGCAUGAGUACUGAGCUGCUUUCUCCAGAGACUUCUGUUGUGCGAGACCCCCUGCUUGAGAGGGCAGAAGUGUGUGGGAUGGGCCGUGCCAGUCCUGAGCCCGGGGCACUUCCCUCCAUACAGAAACCCAGUGACAAUGUAACGCAGGAGAAUGAUUCCUCACAACAACAACAGCAGCAGUUCUUGACCAGCCUGCAGGCUAGCAUGCCUGCCUCGGAGGCAGAAGGAGACCCUCGACGUAGCAGCAACUCGUCAUCCUCGAUGAUAGAGACCUUUGAGGGGCCAAGCACGGUUGGGAAGCUGGAAUUCAAGGUGUCUGGUUUCUUCUUGUUUGGCUCACCCCUGGGGCUGGUUCUUGCGCUCCGCAAGACGGUGAUGCCGGCACUGGACGUGGCCCAGAUGCACCCAGCCUGCGAGCAGGUCUACAACUUGUUUCACGCGGCUGACCCCUGCGCCUCGCGCCUGGAGCCUCUGCUGGCCCGCCAGUUCCACGCCGUGCCUCCCUUUGGCAUACCCCGUUACCAGAAAUAUCCGCUGGGAGACGGAACGUCCACGUCACUGGCUGAGGCCUUGCAGAGUCACUCUCCCCUCUUCAUGGAUGAGUUAGACUUUGUGACACCGCCCACUCCAACUGGUGCUUUUGGGGGUUUCUGGAAAGGGAAUGAGGCAACCACGUGUGAGACUACUAUAACAAGCACCAAUGAAGUUGUGAAGAUUCUGGAUCGUUGGUGGGGUGCUAAACGCAUUGACUACUCUCUCUAUUGCCCUGAGGCAUUGACGGCCUUCCCCACCAUCACCCUCCCUCACCUUUUCCAUGCCAGCUAUUGGGAAAGUGCUGAUGUGGCGGCUUUCAUCCUGCGCCAGGUGAUUGAGACAGAGCAGCCCCAAGUGACAGAGAAUGAGGAGAGUUCCAUCUACAGCCCAGCGUUUCCUCGUGAAAAGUGGCAGCGGAAACGAACACAAGUGAAGAUCAGGAAUGUGACAGCAAACCACCGCGCCAGUGAUGUCAUCGUGUGUGAGGGGCGACCCCAGUUCUUCAGCGGGCGCUUCAUGUAUGGCCCGCUGGAUGUGGUGACUCUGACUGGGGAGAAGGUGGAUAUCUACAUCAUGGCACAGCCACUGUCAGGAAAAUGGGUGCACUAUGGCACAGAGGUGACAAGUGGCAGUGGCAGACUCUCCUACACCCUCCCCGAGGAGAAGAUGCUGGGCAUUGGCAUGUACCCUGUCCGAAUGGUAGUGAGGGGUGACCACACCUAUGCCGAGUGCUUCCUAACUGUGGUAGCGAAGUCCACGCCUUGUGUUGUUUUUAGUAUCGAUGGCUCCUUCACUGCCAGUGUCUCUAUUAUGGGCAGCGAUCCCAAGGUGCGCGCUGGUGCUGUUGAUGUAGUAAGGCAUUGGCAGGACUCCGGUUACAUGAUCAUCUAUGUGACGGGGCGUCCAGACAUGCAGAAGCACCGUGUGGUGGCCUGGCUGACCCAGCAUAACUUCCCCCAUGGGGCUGUCUCUUUCUGUGAUGGCCUCACACAUGACCCUCUUCGACAGAAGGCUGCCUUUCUACAGGGCCUUCAGCAGGAGGCAGAGGUGACCAUAGUGGCUGGCUAUGGAUCCACCAAAGAUAUCUCAGUCUACAGUUCUCUAGGGCUUCCCGCAACUCAAAUCUACAUUGUGGGCCGGGCUGUGAAAAAACUGCAAAGCCAGUGCCAGUUCCUAUCCGAUGGCUACGUCGCACACCUGGCACAGCUGGAAGCGGCGUCUCUUGCCCACUCGCCGAAGGGGACGACAAGGCCCACGCUGGGCAAAGGCAGCUACGGCUGCCCUGCUCCCGUCGACUUUCUGCGCAAGCAAAGCCAGCUGUUGCGUUCGAGGGGGCAGAGUCAGGCCGAGCGAGAGGGGCAAGGGAAUGCCCAGCCCCGAGCCAAGGCGCGCAGCGUUAGCCUGAAGUUGGAGAGUGAGGAGUGAGCCCGCCGUGGGGUAGUCUCUGCAUUUUCUGACUCGCAGUGGCUGGUGCCAGGGCUGGGCCUGUGAGAGGCCACAGUUGUGAGAGAAAGGGGCCAAGAAUACUAGGUAUGGUUGGUCAGGGGGAAGAGUGAGAGAGGGGGCUCUGCCCAGCAGAGGCCGCAAGCUGGCACACAGUGCCGCAAGGAUACGGAGGAGAGAACUUCUAUAUAAUCCCAGAGAUUGCUUCCAUUCCCAUUAGUUCCAACUCCUGCCUGUUCUGUUUUGUGGUCUCUUCUGACCUGCAGUUCAGCCAGUGUCCCUCAAGUCAUACCCUCUGGGGAUUAUGAGGUGGGAGGGGGGAAAGGGAGAAAUGGGGGUGGGGAUGUUCAUAUUACCCUGACUUAAAAGUGUGCUACGUUGCUUGUGAAUUGACUGUUCACAUCCCCCCCCUUUCAAAUGAUUGAGGUCUGGGAUAUAUAGCAUUGCACUCUCCCCAUUUGAUGCCAAGUGAGGCAGUAGUGGGUCCAGCCCCAUCCAUCUCCCAGGUCUUCCUAUAUCCCUCUGUGGCUAAGGUUAGGGUGGGUGGUUAGGGGAAUAUAUAUACAUCAGGGAUCCCAGCUGCCCCUUUCCUGCAGAGGUCGAGCGCCUUGCUCCAGUCCCUAGUGCCGUUCUCAGUCCAAUCCUGCCUGUGCCCCGGUCUUUGGGUGUCUGCAUGAUACUGCCCUCCUGUGCAUGUAUUGUGUCCAGUGUGAGAGCACAGGAUAGCCAUGAAUAAGGAUGAUUCCAUAUUCCCUUCCUGACAAGGGAGGGCUUGGUAUUUAUUUCAUUGUGUCAGAAUUGCCGGGAAGUCUAAUCCUGUUUUGGAGGAUUUGUGGGGGUUUUACAUUUAUCUUUAAAUGUGUUACAAAACUGAAAAAAAUAAAAAAAAUAAAA